GGGCAGCCCGGGGCGGCGGGUGGGAGGGACUUCAGCACCUCGGCCAGCGCCCAGUGCAGCUCGGCCCGCGCUGCUGAACUCCCGGACUCGCGGCUCCGAGAAUGCCCGCGGAACGAUCGCCCCCCAGGGCGGCUGCCGCUGCUGCUGCCGCCGCCGCUGCUGUUCCUGCCGCCGCCGCCGCCGCCUCAGCCUCCACGCUGCUCUGACUGGCGGGCGGAAAGUGCGGCUGACGGGGGAAAGGUCUCCGCAGUGUGAGUGGAGCGGCCGCAGAAAAGAGUCAAGAGCGAGCGGAAACCCCGAUCAGAAUGCAGGCGACGUCCAGCCUCCUCAACCUCCUGCUGCUGUCUCUGCUCGCUGGAUUAGAUCCUUCCAAGACUCAGAUCAGUCCCAAAGAGGGGUGGCAAGUGUACAGCUCAGCCCAGGACCCUGACGGACGCUGCAUUUGCACAGUGGUUGCUCCAGAACAAAACCUGUGCUCCAGGGAUGCCAAAAGCAGGCAGCUUCGCCAGCUGCUGGAGAAGGUUCAGAACAUGUCCCAGUCUAUUGAAGUCUUAAACCUGAGAACUCAGAGAGAUUUCCAAUAUGUUUUAAAAAUGGAAACCCAAAUGAAAGGGUUGAAAGCCAAGUUUCGACAGAUUGAAGAUGACCGGAAGACACUCAUGACCAAACAUUUUCAAGAAUUGAAAGAGAAGAUGGACGAGCUCCUGCCCUUGAUCCCCGUGCUGGAACAGUACAAAACAGACGCCAAGUUAAUCACCCAGUUCAAGGAGGAAAUCCGGAAUCUGUCGGCUGUCCUCACUGGCAUUCAGGAGGAGAUCGGAGCCUAUGACUACGAGGAACUGCAUCAGAGGGUGCUGAGCUUGGAAACCAGACUUCGCGACUGCAUGAAAAAGCUAACAUGUGGCAAACUGAUGAAAAUCACAGGCCCAAUUACUGUCAAGACGUCUGGAACCCGAUUCGGUGCUUGGAUGACAGAUCCGUUAGCGUCUGAAAAAAAUAACAGAGUGUGGUACAUGGACAGUUACACUAACAAUAAAAUUGUCCGUGAGUACAAAUCAAUUGCAGACUUUGUCAGCGGGGCUGAAUCAAGGACAUACAAUCUCCCUUUCAAGUGGGCAGGAACUAACCACGUUGUCUACAAUGGCUCCCUCUAUUUUAAUAAGUAUCAAAGUAAUAUCAUCAUCAAAUACAGCUUUGAUUUGGGGAGAGUCCUUGCCCAGCGAAGCCUGGAGUAUGCCGGCUUUCACAACGUUUACCCCUACACAUGGGGCGGAUUCUCUGACAUCGACCUGAUGGCUGAUGAAAUCGGGCUGUGGGCUGUGUAUGCCACUAACCAGAAUGCAGGCAAUAUUGUCAUCAGCCAACUGAACCAAGACACCUUGGAGGUGACAAAGAGCUGGAGCACUGGCUACCCCAAGAGAAGUGCGGGGGAAUCUUUCAUGAUCUGUGGGACCCUGUAUGUCACCAAUUCCCACUUAACUGGAGCCAAGGUGUAUUAUUCCUAUUCCACCAAAACGUCCACAUAUGAGUACACAGACAUUCCCUUCCAUAACCAAUAUUUUCACAUCUCCAUGCUUGACUACAAUGCAAGAGAUAGAGCUCUUUAUGCCUGGAACAAUGGCCACCAGGUCCUGUUCAAUGUCACCCUUUUCCACAUCAUUAAGACUGAGGAUGACACCUAAGCAAAUGGGGUUUGUUUUUGUUGAUUUAAACAGUAUCAUUUGUAAUAAACUCUGUAGGACCUCUUCUGGGUUUUUUUUCUGUAUUGUUACUUUUCAUCAUUUCUCCAAAGCAAAGCAUUUUUUUUAUUAUUAUUAUUGUAAAGUUGGCGUUUCAAGGAACAGCUGAGUUUGUCUAAGUUAACAUGUUGGAAACACAUCUUAACUCCUAAAUUUACAAGGCCUAUCUCGUCCUUGUCAUGAAAAGCACUACAAAGAGUUUAAGUGGCUAGAGUCAUAGCUUUGCAACAGAUUAAUGAUCUGCCUCGUAUUAGAAUCAGAGACUAAUGGUGGCUUAAAUGCAUGAAUGUCUUUUUUUUAAAAACUCUGUCAUUUUUUACCGUCUUUUGCUCCACAUCAGGAAAUAUUUUGGUAGGAUUUAGAAGGAAAAUAAAAACACACUUUCCUCCCAUUUAUUUAUUGAAAAAGAUGUAAGGAUUUCAUUUAUAUGUAAAAAUAAUAAUUAUUAUUUUGCCGUUAACACAAUUCUCUGAUGCGGUGCUGUACAGUCAUUUUUAAAUCUCUUGCUAACAUUUUAUUGGCAAUAUGUAUUUCUACCAUUGUAACCACCAUUGUGCAAUUGUAUCUUUCCACGUCUGUGAAAGUAAGUAGUACUUUUUAUAAAACACACUGAAAACUAAUCUUCGUAAUUACUCGAGUCAAUUCUCAAGUGUGGUCAGGAAGAAUCUUCUUGGCUUACCCCUCUACAUAAGCAUUACAAACUAAAUAGAAAAUCAAACCAGAUACCCCACAUAGAGUCUUUGCUUUACCCAAGUCUAUUGGAGAACUAACAUUGAGUAUAAAAAUUGAUUCAGUACACCUGAGUUACUCUGUUCACCCCACUGAGUGCAACCCAACAGUCUCUUGCAAACGAUUCUGCUGAGUCAACAAAUUGGACUUGAGUUGACUCCACUUAUUUGUUCUAUGGCAAAGUUUGAUUUUCAUGAUUAAAUAUAUUAGUAUUUUAACAUAAUAUUUUACACACAACUUGCAAUUGUGUAAUUUCUUGUCUCAGAACUCUAAAAGCAUAUGAAGCACACACGAGAACUCUUCAAAAAGAAAAUUUUUGUAAUGUCCUCUGUGUUUAGAUUAUGACCCCUGGAGAGUUUAUUGGUGAAAUUUGUGCAAAAGAAAAUGAUGGAAAGACCUUAGAGUUGUAUGGGAGGUUUAAAAGUGUAAAUAACCCAUUCAGAAAACAAGAUGGAAAACUGAUUCUUUGUUACUCUGAUUUGAUGUACGCGCGCAGAGAUAAUGUAACCAAAAAAAGAAGAGUUUUAAUAACGUUUAUGUUAAUAAUUCCACAAAACAUAUAAUCAUUCUAUAUAUCAAACAUGUCAUUGAGUUUAAAUGUAAUUUGCAUAUAUCAAAGAUAGUGCCCUAAGGCAACUUUAUGGAAACUAAUAUGGGUUUAUGGGUUUAAAAAUUUAAAAAUAUAUUCCAUAAUAAAUAAUAGAUAACAAAUUGUUGUAGAUGUCUGGUUUCACAAAUAUAUAGUGCCACAAUUUUUGCUGAAUGAUGAAGAUAUAAUAAUUGAGAUAAAUCACUGCAUAAAGAAAUGCAAAGAUUUAAGGGUAAUUCAUUUCAAAUGCCACCAGUAAAACAUCAUACUCAUACAUAUCGCUGUCAAAAUUGUAGGGUUAAAUAAUACAAUCU